AUGGCCCGCUCGGGCAAGGCCCAGCGGCGCCGCAGAGGGGCAGCGGCGACAGCAGGUGGCUGUUACCGAAGUCCCUAUUGCAGGCGGCAGGGACGCAGAGGACGCCCAGGCCAGCGGUAUAUCCUUCCGCUGCCUCUACUAUUCAGCAGGUUUUUUCUGUCGCGCCGAGAGGCCAGUCGGUCCGACUUACCAGCGCCGGGGCUGUUACUACGAAACUCGCAGAGGAGAGCCGCUCUCGGACAGGCACUGGAGUCGCGGAAAGAUCCGUGGCCGAAGGAGAGGCAAGAGCCGCGCCAGAAGCAGGCCGCCGGCGAAGGGAUGGCGCUGGAGGGUGCGCACACACGCGAGCGAACGGACUCCGAUUCACAGAGGGCUCCGCCGGAGCCCUCAGUGACGCCAGGGCGGAAAGCCCGCCCGCGUCGCCGGCAGCCUCGGCCCUCGCGCCCGCCCAACAAACUACUUGAACCUCCUUCCACCGCCACCUUUCCCUCCCAUCCUACUCAUCCUCCAGUCCUCGCUGACCCCGUAAGUAUUCCUGUCAGACCGACAUUCCUUUCCCUGACCAAAUUCCAGACCAUCCAUGCCCUAGGACCUCGCUUUUCCGAGCCGAAACGAAGCACUGUUCACUUCCAUCAGCACUACGGAACUCCACAGUCGCCGCGCCGCACCCGCCCUCCACCGCGGCCGCCAAACCCGACGGCCCACCGCACCCUCCGUCGCCUCAUCCCGAGGUCUUCGACUGACAACGCCAAAGACAAGAUACAACUCCCGCCCAUCCACACGAUCAGUCCUCCCCCCGUCCUCCACACCUCAUCACCUUCAUCCACCUUCCACAUCCAGCGUCAGCAUCCAUUCACACCAACCUUACUCGCACCCACAUGCACAUCCAUCACUCGUAACACAUACACAACAACCUGCCUGCACAUCCAUCACACGUACCUUAUUCCACACACCCACCAUUCACCAUAUCCACACCAUCCACAAUCGUCACCCACGCCUAUCCACCCAUCCACAUCUGUCAUUCCACGCCCACCCACACCAUUUCCCCCACAUCCGUCCACCCCACGCCUCAUCCACACCAUCCGCAGCUGUCACCACGCCUCACCCACACCAUCCAAAUCUGUCAUUCCACCCGUCUCAUCCCACACCAUCCGCAUCUGUAUUCUACGCCUCACCCACACCAUCCACAUCCGCACCCACGUCCAUCCAACCAUCCACAUCUGUCAUCCACGCCUCACCCAUACCAUCCACAUCCGUCACACGCCUCAUCCACAUUCCCCACAUACCAGCCCAUCCCAGACGCCCUGUUCUACAUCGCGCGCCCACGCCCCACCCGCCCCGCCGCCCUCUCCGUUACCCGCACUACCCGGCUCCCCGGCACCCGCUCGCCCUGACAUGCCACCCUUCCCUUACCCCCAAGCCCGCUCAUCCUUCUUACUCGUACAUUCACCCUACGGCUCCUACUCCACACCUACCAUCAUCCUCACCCCCCCCCACUCGCUGAGACCUCAUCCUUCCGGCGCGUCCUAUCCGCUCCCCCACCCGUCGGCCAUCCCCCAUCGCCCCCGACUCCACCCCUUCCACGCCCCCGUAACCCCGCCCCAUUCCCCCUCGGCCAGCCCCCCCGCCUCCCUCCAUCCGAGCACCUCAACCCCGCCGCCUCCAUGUGGUACCUGUGCGGCCACGCCGGCGCGAGAAGGGCAGGCGACCUACUACUGCAGAAAUACUUCCAGGGACCUGGGCAAGUUCUUUUCGUAA